AAACCUUCAACCAUGUCAACUAGAUUAGCCAAACAAACUUUAAAUCUAUUAAACGAUACUAAAAAGACAAACAAUGACAAAGAUACAUCCAAGAAGCUCAAAUUACCUAAAAUCAAUAAAGGAAUUCGAAAAGUGAAGCAUGAAAUGCGAUAUGGUCGACAUAAAAAGACAAAUCUGUUACAAAAAGAAAAAAAGAGACAUGAGAAUCCGUUAGAUCAGCUACAUCAAGAAGAAUUAUCAGCUGAAGAAAGACUAAAGCGUAAUGUUCAACUUUUACAAAGUGCUUUAAAAGCGAGUGAAGUAGAAAAGACGAUUUACAGAGACGUCAUCAAAGAAGCAAAAUCAAAAAGAGGUAAAAAGUGGUCAAGUGAAGUGGAUGGUUCAGAGGGAGAUGCUGCAUAUAAUAGUGAUUAAGUAACUAAAAAAAAAAUAAUGAAUAAAAGAUAAAGUGUUGUCGCUUUAUACUUACCGAGACGUUAAGGAAUGUACUGCCGUUAUGGACAGCGCAUU